AGCUCCAUUUUUUUUUUCCUCUUCAGAGAAGAAACUAAGGCGAAUCAAGGGUUUAAACAAGGAAGUGACUUCCAAGGACAUGCUCCGAACUCUGGCCCAAGCUAAGAAGGAGUGCUGGGAUCGAUUCCUCCAAGAGAAGUUAGCAUCAGAGUUUUUUGUCGAUGGACUUGAUUCUGAUGAGAGCACCUUGGAACAUUUCAAAAGGUGGCUUCAGCCGGAUAAAGUCGCCAUCAGCACAGAGGAGGUCCAGUUUCUCAUCCCUCCAGAGUCGCAGGCUGAGAAGCCAGAGGCUGAGUUCAAGCCAGCGGCAGGAGAACAAUAAAUUACACACAUCUACGCCAGGCAGCUGUGUGGGGCCCGGAGGGAACGGUGGAGAGCUUGACCACGGCAGCAAGGAGAAACGUAGGGAGAGAUAAUGCCCAGGCUUCCAGUUCACAAAGCAAACAGCUGCUGGCCCCCAGGACCUGCUUGGGGCUGGCUUGUGUGACUGUCUUGGAUGAAGUAACUGACCCUGAGUGUGCUGGAUCAGAAAGCUUGACUGAACUCUGUUGCUGCAGGUUAGAGGUUUGCAAGGAUCCAGUGAGGAGCAGGGCGGGGCAGUUCUUGGAGACACUGGCGCUCUUGUAUAGAACGUAUCAGUUAAGUGAGCCAUAUUUUUUUCCCCACUUCUAGGUCUUCAGGUCUGUGUCUCAAGCAUUCCAUAGCAAAGUAGUCAGGAGCAAGUGUAGCCAAGGAGAGUGAAGUCAGCCUCCUUGAGUCCAAGCCCUUGUGGGACUUUCUCACAUACUCAUCGUAAACAGAAGGACUCAAGAGAAACGGGCUUUUCCUUUUGAUUUGUUCCUUGUGUCAAAAAUGGGGAGGGGGAGGAAGUGUGAAAACGUGUUUAUAUAGGUGUCGAUAUAUUUUCUUUUUCAUGGCUUCUCCCCAACUUCUUUUUGUACCAAGUUUCAAAUUAGACUUGUAAAUAUGGUUUCGUGUUUGACACAACCCUUGAUUAGUUCCAAACUUGCUCCCUGCGGCAACUUUCCUGACUGAGCUUGCAUUUGCUCUUUGUUUCUUGUAUUGUUGUUCCUGUGAAGUUUGAGUUGUCCAUAUAAAACUGUCUCUUUGGAGCAA